ACGCCCUGCCGUGCAUGCCCUGGAACAGGUGGCGGGGGAAGCAGAGCGUCGAGGACGCGAAGAAGGAGCACGAGGCCCUCGCGCAGUGGAAGCGGGACGGGUUCCGGAGCCCGCGCUUCGAGGAGUACUACCGGGCGCAGCGGCUCUUGCCCGAGGGCGAGUGGCCCGCGCUCCGGGCGGCCAUGGCGCGGCCGCUGCCCGCCACCUUCCGCGUGAACCCCGGCCACGCGCGGAGCGAGAAGCUGCUGCAGCGGCUGCGCAGCGGGGCGCUGGGCGGUGGGCAGAAGGCAGGCCCGGGCGAUGUGGGCGCGGGCGGCCUUCGUGAGUGGCGCUGGCGCGGCUCUACGCUCAAGUUCCUGGUGCGCCCCCUCCGCCACUUGCCGGGCGGCCUGGUGGCCUGGGAACUCGGCAUGGACAAGGUUGCCCUGCGCGUGGGGCGGAGGAAGUUCCCCGCCCUGGCUGCCCUGCACGACGCCAUCCAGCGGGGGGUCGCGGCGGGCUACGUCAUGCGGCAGGAGGUCGUCUCCAUGCUUCCGGCCGUGCUUCUUGGGGCUCAGGCCGGCGACCGCGUGCUGGACAUGUGCGCGGCGCCGGGGACGAAGACGGCGCAGCUCCUGGAGGCGGUGGCCCGCCGGCCUCCGGCGGGUCCGGGGGCGGAGCCCGCGGCUCGCGGCCAGGAGCCCGGGCGGGGUUGGUGGAUUCUGGCAUGGUGGUGGCCAAUGAUGCUGGCGAGUCAGAGCGCAUCCCGCAUUUGCAGCGACUGUUGGCGGGGAGACCCUCCCACGAGCAAGCCACCCUGGUGGUGA